AUGAGAACAUACUUGCGAGCAUAUGAUCUGUGGCAAGCAGUAGAGGUUGGAGAAGAGGUAAAUCCUUUGCCAGAUAAUCUAACAAUGACGCAAAUUAAGAAUCACAGAGAAGAAGUUACAAAAAACUUUAAAGCUCUCUCUUGCAUACAAUUAGCACUGUUGAAAGUAAUUUUUGCUAGAGUUAUGGCGAGUGAGAUCGCAAAGGAGGCAUGGGACAAGUUGAAAGAAGAAUUUCAUGGAAGUCAAAAAAUUAGACAAAUAAAAGUGAUAAAUCUGAGAAGAGAGUUUGAAAUUCUCAGAAUGAAUGAUUUAGAAACUAUUGAAGAAUUCUCCAACAAGUUGAUGAAGGUUGUAAAAAAAAUCAGACUUUUGGGAGAAGAGCUUACAGAUUCAAGAAUCGUGGAAAAGGUUCUUGUGAGUUUGCCGAAAAGAUUUGAAGAAAAGAUCUUCUCACUCGAAGAUUUGAAGGAUCUCACAAAACUGUCACCUUCAGAACUUGUACAUGCUCUUCAAGCUCAAGAGCAAAGAAGAUCUUUAAGGCUAGAAGAAUCUACUGAAACUGCUCUUCAAGCCAAGUUCAAAAGGAAGAUGCAGUUGCAAAAGGAUGGUCCCAGAAACUUCUACUAA